AUGGCUUCAGGACUUGCUGUUGCAGUUACCAAAGGCGUUGUUGGAAAGCUUGGUGAGCUUGUGGUGCAGCAAGUAUUGAAUGAGGUAUCGCUGUUGCGCAACUUCGGUGAUGACUUUAAAUGGUUGCAGAAGAAGUUCAACUAUAUAUCUGGUGCUCUGCAACAUGCAGAUAACCAAAAUGUGCACAAUGUUCCUGUGAAGCAAUGGCUGGCAGAAGUGAGGGAUAUUGCUUUUGAUGCAGAAGAUAUAACUGAUGAGUGUUCUGUUGAGCAUUUGUAUACAAAUACCAGUCAAGUGUGUGUGUGCAGUUAUAGUCAAUUAAGCUUCAACCGUAAAAUGGGAAAGAGGAUUAAGACCCUGAAGGAUAGGGUGAGCUCUGUUAUUCAAGAUGGAGAACACCUCAAGCUAUUACAUGACUUGCCCCGUUUAGAUCAACCCUCAAGUAGUAGUGCAUCGGGAAGAGGAACCCAGUUCAGAAGAGGGAGUGCCAUCUUGGAGGUAGAUCCACAAGCAGUGGGCGUGGAGGAGAAGGCAGAGGAAAUACUGAGAUUGUUAGAGCAGCCUGCAGUUGGUGUCGUUGCCGUCGUGGGAAUGGGCGGGCUGGGUAAAACAUUCCUUCUCCAGCAUGUCUACAACAGAAAUAAACAAAGGUAUGAGCAUUCUGCCUGGAUUUCUGUAUCACAAACUUGUUCUCUUAGAACUUUACAAUGUGACCUAGCCAAGCAGAUUAAUUUGCAAAUAGAGGGUAGUAUAAGUGAGGUGCUAGUCGCUGAUUUGAUUCAUGGGCAUUUAGACGGUAAGAGGUGUUUGAUUGUUCUAGAUGAUGUUUGGAGGAGUAGUGUAGAAGGUGACAUUAUACAAAGGCUUGGUCUUCCCACUGGCAGUAAUAGCCAGUGUAAAAUUGUGGUUACUACUAGAAGUAGAGAGGUUGCCGCUAACGUUAGAGCUCAAAUCUAUGAGAUGCAACAACUCUCAAAGGAGGACAGUUGGAAGCUAUUUUGCCUCUUUGCCUUCCGCGAUAGAGAGGAAAAUAGGCCGCCCAAGGACCUGGAGAGCUUGACUCAUCAAAUUGUAGAGAAAUGUGGGAGUCUGCCCCUCGCAAUUAAAACAGUUGCAGCAUCCAUGACAAACUUUGUGAGCUUAUGGGACUGGGAGUCAAAACUGAAGCAGUUAAAAGAUGCAAUAGGGGCAGAGGACUACAUGAUGCAAAUCCUCAAGUUGAGUUAUGACUCUCUUCCUUCCCAUCUAAAGUCUUGUUUUGCUUAUUUUUCGUUCUUUCCGAAGGACACAAAGAUAGAUUUUAUUACGAAUGCAGACACCCAAUCUAUACACCAAGACUAUUUGAUAUACUUGUGGAUAGCUGAAGGUUAUAUUCCACAAGAAAAUGAGCAAGAACAGUGCGACACUGGUUUGAAUUACCUACACCAACUGGUUAAUCUAUGUUUAGUGGAAGUAAACACAGUUUGUUUAGGUUACACUGUGCAUGACUUGUUGCAUGACUUGGCUAUUAAUGUAAGUAAAGAACACAAGUGUCAAUUUCAUCUUCUCUUACAAGAAACAAGCUGCCGCCGGCUACUACUCGGUAAGAAAGGUAUAACCAAUGAUGCAAUUUCAGAUAGAUCUCUUCAUCGUCAGCAAUUUCUUCGCACUCUUUCAGUAUUUGAGAAUCCAGAUAUUACAAGAAUUCCAGAACACUUGUUUGAUCGUCUGAGACUACUCCGGGUUCUCGACUUAAGCAACACCGCCAUCUCUGCGUUGCCAAAAUGUGUUGGGAAAUUGAAGCUUUUAAAGGUUUUGAAUCUGUCUCAAACAAAGAUCACGGAGCUGCCGGAUUGUCUUAGAAGACUCAAGUCUCUUCAGUUUCUUGAUGUUUGUGGAUGCACUGCCUUACAAUGUGUACCUAACUGGAUAAAUGAACUCAAGUCUCUUUCCCAUCUCGAUGUAAGAGACUGCUCAGAAGAACUUCCAAGUCAUAUGCCCAAGGGAAUAUCAGCGCUGUCGAAUCUGAUAACACUGAGAUCACAUGACAUUCUACUCUGUUAUGAAGAUAAUGAUUUCUUAAAUGUUAAAGACAUCGGCAAUUUGAUCAAUCUCAGGGAAAUAAGUUUUUAUUUAGAAGAUGUAGAUGGGUUGCGAAGUGUAGAAGAUGGUAUCCUUGAGAGACUGGUGAAAAUGAGAAAUCUUGGAGUAGGUAAUAAUAUUACUCCAUCGGAGGAUGAUUUUCUUCCAGCAUUCCCAGAGACAAUAAAUGUUAUGAAAGAUCUUGAACAUCUUGGUCUUUCCCGUUUCUCCGUGCCAAGUUGGAUAUGCGGUAUGGUAAAUCUGACAACACUAGAAUUGUAUGAGUGUAGCAAUUAUCCGUCACUCCAAAACAUGCCCAACUUGCAAUCACUGCUUUUGAAAAAUGAUUCAAGAUGCACAGAAUUGCCAAACAGCUUUGGUGAGUGUGGGGGAUUUCCUCAGCUAGUUAGGCUGUAUAUUUUUGAUUUCCCUCUUUUGGAGGAGUUGCCGACCCUGCAGGAGGGAGCGAUGGAACGUCUGGAAGGACUAUGGAUAUGCAAUUGUCCGCAGGUGAAGAAAGUUCCAGAGGGAUUGGAGCCGUUGAGGAGAUUAAAGCUGAUACAGGUGGAGGACGCAAGUGCUGAGUUAGAGGAAAGGUUAAAGGAAGGAGGGAAAGAUUGGAAUAAAAUCAAAGCUAAUAAUCUUCACAUCGACAUAGAGGUGUAUUAG